CUGUGCAAAUGAAUAUGGUAUAAUGCGGGCCAUUGCGCCCCCUCUCUCAAAGCAAACAACAACAGCAUGAAAAUACAAACGCGACAAAAGCAAUAACAACAGCAACAAGAGAUGAUAGGAGUUAUGUCGCCAACGGAAGUGAGACUCACUUUGAGGUUGUGAAAAUAGCGUAUAAGCAACCCAUAACACAUGAGCACAAACGGAAGAGCUUAAAAGGAAUAAAGAAUAAAAGAAGUAAUAACAACAGGCAGCCUGACAAGUUGGCAGCAACAACAAUCAGCACCAAAGCAACAACACUGCCAGUCAAAAACAAAAAGAGCAACAACAAAGCAUCCAUUAGAAAGUGAAUGCCGGAACUGUAAACGUCGCUCCGUGUAAACACUUAAAAGCUCAUUAAAAGAAUACUUCCUGUCUACGACUAGUGUGUCCGUGUGUGUGAGUGUGUGUGUGUCACCAUGUACCGACGUCAGCGACGACGCCCAAAUAGCUCCAUCUCGCCUCUGACCAGCCAAAGUCAUAGUCAUUGCAUAGUUGCAUAGUAGCAUAGCCGCGCUUCCGUUUCCGUCUACGCUCACUCACCUCAUUUCCGCUGCGGCUGCAACUAAGCGAACUACCUUUAAUCCCACCAAAAAAAUAAAACAACAGAACCAACAACAACAACAAAAUGGCGCGCGAGACCAACUUUAAUGAUGCUCUGGACUACAUUUACAUAGCCAAUAGCAUGAAUGAUAAGGCAUAUCUGAUAGCUGGGCCGAGGCCUUAUAACGAUGACGACAAUGAGGAUGAGCGGGAGCUGGAUGAUGAGCUUGCCGGCGACGACAACAAUAACAAUCAUUACUAUAACGAUGGCGGCGAUAGCGACUUUAUAAACGCUGUCGCUGCUAUUGACACCAUCGAUGGCAGCAGUGCGGGCAACAUUAAGAACAGCAACUACAACAACAACAGCAAUAGCUCACCAAGCUCACCGCUGGCCACAGCAGCGCUGGCAGCGGUAGCGGCAAGUGCCUCGGUUGCAGCGGCAGCAGCGCGAAUAACCGCAAAAGCGGCUCAUCGAACACUCGCCACAGGUGCAAUCAAACUGAUCGAUGUGGAUGGCAGCAGAGUUGCCGCCAGCGACAGCGCCAGCUCCGUUUUAGACAAUAACUAUACGAAUGUGGCUGUGGGCUUGGGCGCAAUGCUGUUGAAUGAUACGCUGCUACUGGAGGGCAAUGAUACGGCCUUGAGUAUUUUUGGGGAGUGGGUGAAUGUUAACAGCAGUGGUCAGCUGAUGAAUACCAGUACAGCAAUCAAUGUCACCGCCAGCAAAGUGGCCGAGGAUGAUUUUACGCAGCUGCUGCGCAUGGCUGUCACAUCGGUGCUGCUGGGCCUCAUGAUACUCAUCACCAUAAUUGGCAACGUCUUUGUGAUAGCAGCUAUUAUACUGGAGCGUAAUCUGCAGAAUGUGGCUAACUAUCUGGUUGCUUCAUUGGCCGUCGCUGAUCUAUUUGUUGCUUGUCUGGUGAUGCCACUAGGUGCUGUCUAUGAGAUCAGCCAAGGCUGGAUUCUGGGACCGGAGCUAUGCGACAUUUGGACUUCGUGCGAUGUACUCUGCUGCACUGCCUCCAUUCUGCAUCUGGUUGCCAUCGCCGUUGAUCGCUAUUGGGCUGUGACCAACAUCGAUUAUAUUCACUCGCGCACCAGCAAUCGCGUCUUUAUGAUGAUCUUCUGUGUGUGGACGGCAGCAGUGAUUGUUUCCUUGGCGCCACAGUUUGGCUGGAAGGAUCCAGACUAUUUGCAGCGCAUCGAGCAGCAGAAAUGCAUGGUAUCCCAGGAUGUGUCCUAUCAGGUAUUUGCCACCUGUUGCACCUUUUAUGUGCCACUGUUGGUAAUCUUGGCGCUAUACUGGAAAAUCUAUCAGACGGCAAGGAAACGCAUCCACCGCCGGCGGCCAAGACCCGUCGAUAUGACGGCUAACAAUAAUCAGCCCGAUGCGACAGCGCCAACAGAUACAAAACUUAAUCGUCUGCGGCUACGUCUUGGCAGAUUCUCAACGGCCAAGAAUAAGAGCGGUGGUGCUGGUGGUGGUGCAGCAAGUAGUACGGCUCUUGGUUUGGUGGAAGGCAACUCCACAAACACCGUAAACACAGUGGAGGAUACCGAGUUCAGUAGCUCGAACGUGGACAGCAAAAGCCGAGCAGGCAUUGAGGUACCCAGCACAUCGGGCAGCCAAAUUGCAACUGUUUCGCACCUGGUGGCGCUGGCUAACCAGCAGCAUGCCAGCAGUGCCAAGCAGCAAAGACCAGUAGCCACAGUCCAGCAGCCGAGAACAGAGACGCUUAGCAAAGAGGAGCAACCAUUGGAGGAAGAGCAGCAUCACCAGCAGCAACUGGAUGAAGCACUGGAGACUGCAACCACAACUUCAGAAGAAGCAACGGCAGCGGCAACAACGGCAGCAUUGGGCAAGGCAAACGGAAAUGGUGGUGUUGGUGGCGCUGUGGAAGUGCUUGAGGAUCCGCAGCUGCAGCAGCAGCUCGAACAAAUGCAGGAGCUACAGAAAACAGCGAAAUGUGGUGGGGUUGGCGGCGGAGGUGCUAGUACAUCGAAUGCCACAACAAUUACAUCGAUAUCAGCGCUGUCACCGCAAACGCCAACAUCGCCAGCCAUCGUACCACAGGCAGGCGCCGUUGGCCCCAUGACAGCCAAGACCAGCACAUUGACUAGCUGCAACCAAGCGCAUCCGUUGUGCAGUUCGGCCAAUGCCUCCGGCGCUGUAACCCCAGAGCCGCGCACCAAGCACCAUCAGCAGCAGCCAACAGCAUCGCACCAGCCACAACAGCAACUGCAACAACAACAGCUGUCAAGCAUUGCAAAUCCGAUGCAAAAGGUGAACAAGCGCAAGGAGACCCUGGAGGCGAAACGGGAGCGCAAGGCAGCGAAAACAUUGGCCAUCAUCACCGGCGCCUUUGUUGUCUGUUGGCUUCCGUUCUUUGUGAUGGCAUUGACGAUGCCGCUGUGUGCCGCCUGCCAGAUCAGUGAUAGCGUCGCCUCUCUCUUCCUCUGGCUGGGCUAUUUCAAUUCUACACUCAACCCGGUCAUCUAUACGAUAUUCAGUCCCGAGUUUCGUCAGGCCUUCAAGCGAAUACUCUUUGGCGGUCACCGGCCGGUGCAUUAUCGCAGUGGGAAGCUCUAGAUAGUGCAUGCGAAGAGGCGAAGACGAUUCUGCUAAAAAAAAAAAGAGAAAAUUAACGGCAGACGAUCUUUCCUCUUCGGUUGAAAAUCUACAAAUCCACCAAAAACAACUCCAAAAGGAAGAAAGCACACCAUAAAAAAGGACUCACAGCAUGUAUACCAAGAAUGAUUUUUAGCAUAUAUAUAUAUAUAU